AUGCAGCCACAGGGCAGGUGGUGUCACAGGCCAGGAGCACCCAGGCGUAGCAGCAGCAGAAGUCGAGCUGUAUCUUGUCAUUCUGACAGUCGGUGACUCUGAAGCCCCGUCUCCAUCACCUCAGAGGAAGCUGAGCAUUUCCUACUGCCCGAGACCUCGAGCCCUCAGUGAAGAAAGCCGCUAAGAGGUCAGCCCCUCGGAGCCAGGCCAGGCCAGGAUGGAGACCCCAGCUACCACAGAGGACUACAGCCUGACCACUGAGUACGAUUAUGAGGGCGCAACCCCCUGCCAGAAGGUGGCUGUGAGGGCCUUUGGGGCUCAGCUGCUGCCACCCUUGUACUCCCUGGUGUUCCUCAUCGGCGUGGUGGGCAACGUCCUGGUGGUCCUGGUCCUCAUGAAGUACAAGCGGCUCCAAAACAUGACCACCAUCUACCUGCUCAACCUGGCCCUCUCAGACCUGCUCUUCCUCUUCACGCUGCCCUUCUGGAUCGACUACAAGGUCAAAGACAACUGGAUCUUUGGUGACGCCAUGUGCAAGCUCUUGUCUGGCCUCUAUUAUGUUGGCUUGUACAGCGAGAUCUUCUUCAUCGUCCUGCUGACCAUCGACAGGUAUCUGGCCAUCGUUCACGCUGUGUUUGCCCUUCGAGCGCGGACUGUCACCUUCGGCAUCAUCACCAGCAUUGUCACCUGGGCUCUGGCCAUCUUGGCUUCUGUCCCAGGCCUGUACUUUUCCAAGACCCAGUGGGAGGCCACUCACCACACCUGCAGCAUAUUUUACCCCUCUGACAGCCUGAAGGCCUGGCAGCGAUUUCAGGCUCUGAAGCUGAACCUGCUGGGCCUCAUCUUGCCGCUGCUGGUCAUGGUGUUCUGCUAUGCAAGCAUCCUCAACGUUCUGCUCCACCGGCCCAACAAGCAGAAGGCCAAAGCCGUCCGCCUGAUCUUCGUCAUCAUGAUCAUCUUCUUCCUCUUCUGGACCCCGUACAACCUCGCUGUGUUCGUUUCCACUUUCCAGGAGCACAUGUUCACCAAGUACUGUGAGCAGAGCAAACAGCUGGACCUGGCCCUGCAGGUGACAGAGGUGGUCGCCUACACACACUGCUGUGUCAACCCCAUCAUCUACGUCUUUGUGGGCCAGAGGUUCCGGAAUUACCUGUGGCAGCUGUUCCAGAGUGCUAGGAUCUUGCGCCUGGCCAAAUGUCUGCCCUUCCUUCCCAGAGACCAACUGGAAAGGGCCAACUCCAUGUCUCCAUCCACCAGUGAGCAUGAGCUGUCUGGUGUGCUCUGACUCAGACCCCUGCAGGCCCCCGUG